UAACUGUGCCGCCAUCCCAUCGUCACCGCUCAACAAGAUGGCGGCGCUCAGGCUCGAAACAUGCCAUAUAGCCUGUUCAGCUAACAGGACACCCAACGUCGUUUCUUGGGGGCGCGGGGGGACGAUUGCCUUCGGAACGUGUCACUCAAUAGCCCUGUACGACCCCCAGGAAAGGAGGGUUUUGUCGAUGCUGAAUGGCCACACAGCAAGAGUAAACGCAGUUCAAUGGGUCCAUAAAGAAGACGGUGCUCCUGAGACCCACCUGGUCUCAGGGGGCACGGACAGCCGCCUCCUCCUCUGGGCUGCUCACAACGGCAAGUUUGUCCAGUCGGUGCAGUGUAAAGGCCACACGGGUGCCGUUUGUGCCGUGGACGCCCUCUACGCUGGGGCCAGUAUCCUGGUGGCCUCUGCGGCGGCGGACUCCAGCGUCAGGCUGUGGCUCUGCGGAGAUGCCAAUGAGGCCGUGUGCCUCCACUCGCUAACAUUUGGCAGCGGGUUCGUGAUGGAUGUCUCCCUGGCCCUGCUGCCAAGCACCAAAGUUCCCGUUCUGGCCUGCGGGGGCGACGACUCUCGGGUCCACCUGUUCGUGCAGUCCCAGGAGAAGCUGCGGAGAGUCAUGACCCUGCAGGGACACGAGGACUGGGUGCGCGCUGUCGCCUGGACCUCCGUAGGUGGCGAGCUGCUGCUGGCUAGCUGCUCGCAGGACUGUCUCAUCCGAGUGUGGCGGCUCCGCGCCAAGUCCGGGCACGGCGCCCACUCCGAGGGCGACCGGGACGACGGCGUCAUCAAAAUGAAAGAGGACGUUUUCGGAGUGGAGGAGCAAGAUGAGGAACGAGUGUUUGCAGUGGCCUUGGAAACGGUCCUGGCAGGACAUGAGAACUGGGUGUACGGUCUACACUGGCAGCCUCCUUCUUACAAGGGCGGCGAACGGCAGGAGAAUCUCAGUUUGCUCUCAGCCUCCAUGGACAAGACCAUGAUCCUCUGGACCCCCGACCAGGCCUCUGGAGUCUGGACAGAGCAGGUACGUGUCGGGGAGGUGGGCGGCAACACGCUCGGCUUCUACGGCUGCCAGAUGAGUCCGAAUGCUUGCGUGAUCCUGGCUCACGCGUUUCACGGUGCGCUCCACAUGUGGAGGAAGGACGCCGGCUCGGGUGAGUGGAGGCCCGGCGUGGCGCUGUCUGGCCACUUCAACGCGGUCCAGGACCUGAGCUGGGACCCCGAAGGCGAGUUCGUCAUCAGCGUGAGCUCGGACCAGACCACCCGCCUCUUCAUGCCGUGGAGGACCGAGCCGGCGGGCCGGCCGCGUCCCACUUGGCACGAGGUGGCGCGGCCGCAGAUCCACGGCUACGACAUGCAGUGCCUGGCCGCGCUGGGCCGCUUCCGCUUCGUGUCGGGCGCCGACGAAAAGGUCCUGCGUGUUUUCCAGGCGCCGCGCAAUUUCGUGGAGAACUUUGCCAACAUUUCCGGGAUGUCCAGGGAGGAGCUGCUGGCGUCAGGCGACUGCGCCCAACUUCCCGAAGGCGCCAGCACGCCGGCACUGGGAUUGUCCAACAAGGCCGUCUUUCAAGGUGACCCUGCGGCAUCAAGCAAAGGCGGCGAGAAGUUCAGCGGCGUCUCCGACCAAUACCAGGAGUCUUACUUCCACCCCAUCAACAUGACUGAACCUCCACCGGAAGAUCAUCUGCUACAGAACACACUUUGGCCCGAGGUCCAAAAACUGUACGGCCACGGCUUCGAGAUGUUCUGCCUGGCGUCCGACAGCGGAGGCACGGUGGUGGCGUCUGCGUGCAAGGCGUCCAAGGCGGAGCACGCGUCGGUGCUGCUGUGGAGUGCCAGCACGUGGCGCCAGCUGCAGGCGCUACCGUGCCCCGCCCUCACCGUCACGCAGAUGGCCUUCUCGCCUGACGCCGCCAUGCUGCUGCCGACGGCCGUCACCUUCUGUCCCCAGCUCUACUUCGACAACAGUUAUCUGCUGGCCGUGGGACUGGAGUGCGGUCGGAUAAUCGUGUACGGGUGGAGGCCCGGCGGAGAUCGUGCCGGAGGCCAAGACUGGAUCAGAUACGGAGAAACAGACCCUUCACAAAGUCACACUCUGGCCAUCAAAAGGUUGCGCUGGAGGCCCCGCGCGGGCCGAGCAGGGGUCCCGGAGGAGCGCGCCUGGCUGCAGCUGGCCAGUGCUGGCGCCGACCACGCUGUCAAGAUCUUCGACAUCAACACAGAGGCUCUUUAGCACCACCUGUUGCCACCCUUGUGCACAGAUAACUAUAAGAAACCAUGUUUUGUUUUGUUUUUUUUUUAAUUUAUACUGACCAAUAAACAACACUUUUUUUUGUAUGAUUCUGUGCAGUCAGUCAACAGCAGAGGAGGCAUUGUGUUUAACCAUAUGGGUUGCAAAAUCCGUGAAUUUCACCAAACUGAGGGGAAUUUAGGGGGCGGGGGGGGGGCAAGUUUCCUCCUCCAAAAUUCAGUAUGAACCUGAGAGUCAGACAGUCGUCAUUUUGCUGUGUGACUUCAAUGCUCUCGUGGGCAAUGACGGUGAGAUGGGACUCUGGAGGGAGCUGACGGGUACGGGAUCAUAAUUUUUAUGGACGUAAUUUCUCAGCGCAGCAGACGUAUUGAGGGCGUCCGUUUAUGUAGAUUUAGGAUUACAUCUCUGUUUUUGCAGAUGGUGUUGUACUGUUGACUUCUUCGAGCUGCGAUCUAUAACUCUCACUGUCGUGGUUUGCAGCAGAGUGGGAAGCGGUUGGGAUGAAAAUCAGCACCUCCAAAUCUGGUCCUCAGUUGGAAAAGGGGAUGAGGUCCUGCCCCAAGUGGAGGAGUUUCCUCUGAAGGGUUUCCGGGCUCUCCCCUAUGACAUAAGGUGAGAAGCUUGGUCACCCGGGAGGGACUCAAGAGUCGAGCCGCUGCACCUCUGCAUUGAGGAGCCAGAUGAAGUGGCUCAGGUAACUAAUUAGGAUGCUCCUGGACGCCUCCCUGCUGGGGUGUUCCGGGUAUGGGAGGAGGCCCAAAGGACGACCCAGGACAUCGUGGAGAGAACGACGAUGUCUCCUAGCUAGCUUGGAAACGCCUCGGAUUCCUAUGGGAUGAGCUAGACGAAGUGGCUAGGGUGAGGUACGGCUGGAUUUCUCAACCCGGGUGGCAUAUUAAUGCUUGGAUGCCCUUGAAGGUUUCUUGAGGAAAAGAUGUCUGGAAUGUGCAGUGUUUAUAAAAAAAAAAAAAAAAAAACAGGACUCCUUUCUGUCACUUUCAGUCUCACUUUAUUCAACAAUGAUGUGAAACGUAAAAGGCUGUCCAGAACAUUCAAACAAGAAAAGAAUGUUGCUUUUGAAAUCCCGCUCACAAUUAUCAACCCACAUUUUCCCUCGCACCCACCCAUUCCGGAAUAACAACUAAUGACUCUGAGAGAGGAGAAAAAAAAAAAAAAAACACGAACCAUCAGGUGUUCCAAAAUGUGAUACUUAUUUUAUACAACGGUUCCAUAAUGUAUACCUCGUCUGUACAUAACAGUUACAGAUACUGUAAAUAAAGGUUUAAAAAUAAGACAUUG